AUGCAUGCAGCAUGCUGGACAUGUCGCAAUCGCACCAUCCAAUGUGAUCAAACCAAAUUCCCUUGCGCCAAAUGCGAGAAAGCGGGGCUGGAAUGCUUUGAACAAAGACCGCUACGAUGGGUCAGAGGUGUGGCGAUUCGGGGUAAAAUGCGCGGGCGUGUUCUUGGGGGAGACCUCAAAGGCACCAAUCAAAGUGAAUCCAAGAAACUCCAGCGGAAAGAAAUUGUAUCUUCUCGCGUGAAGUCUCUGGCAAUUGAUGUGGCUCCACCCGUCGCGUUGCAAGACCCUUGCAUGUACAAUCUCGAUUGGUCAUCAAAAUUCUAUCUCGACUAUUAUAAUGUACGCAUCGCCAAAUUAUAUAUUCUACAUGACAGCAAAAGCAAUCCAUUUAGGAAUUUACUCACAUACGCGACGGAUGAUGAUUCACCCUUGCGGAUGGGUAUGAUUGCUGUUGCGGCACGACACUUCGCCAAUACAGGCCGAUCCUUUGACCAGGAUAAUGAAGUUUUAUCCCCUCGAUUUGUUAAUGCCAAUGUGGACGCACUCCAUUUCAAAAGGAAAGCCAUCAAGGCAUUGUUAUCGUCACUAUCCCAUCCAGAGCAUUCUCAGAAAGACGCGAUAAUGGCAACUAUCCUUCUUCUGAUAUUCUUGGAUCUCCUCGAGUCUGGUAUUGACGGUUGGAAGUAUCAUCUAAAUGGGGCAGAAGGCAUCGUCAAGCUUUCUCAGUCGCUGCUGGAGUCUGGUGCCAGUCAAUAUGUCAACAGAGACCCUGGAGAGACAGAUGAGGAGACAAGGCGAUUUGUCGCCCGACAGUUAUCACUUGUCUCAACCAUCGGAGGUGCACUCUCAGGCUCGAAGACGGGGCCUGAGCUGUGUAUAAAUUUUGAAGAAAGCAGGCAUCAAGAGUCCAUUGUCAGAAGCUUUCUGGGAUGCCCAAGCUUCCUUCUGAGAGCUAUUCGCUACUUCUCCAACCAAAGACAUGUGAUUGAGACCUUGGACAUGCAUGAUGGCAUCUCGAUCCAGGAGCAUAUACGAGAUACUCAAACUAUGCUAGAGCUAACGGCAAACUUCGAUUGUCUGGAAUGGGCGUCAGACUCCUUACAAUCAAGUGACUCCUCAAAAAUAGAGAUCCAGAAGCUUUAUAUGCUAUCCGAAGCAUACAGAACUGCCGCUAUGCUCUAUGGAGCCCGAGUCCUUCGUGCUUUCACGACACUAACCGGAACUAUUUCUUCUGGCAAUAGAGAGUUGGUGUUGCGAUUACUUGACGUGAUUGACUCUCUCAAAUGCGACCCGGCUCUAUUCAAAUGUCUGCUGUGGCCGACCUUCAUUGCAGGUCUCGAAAGCCAAACUGAUAUUGAGCAAAAGCUGGUCAUCGAGUCCCUGAGGAUGCUUUGGGAACUGACCUGUUGUUUGAAUGUGAUCGGCGCUUCAAAUAUUCUUAACGACUAUUGGCAGCGAACACAUUUUGAUGAGAGUUCGGUACCUAAGGAAUCUCAAUUAUACAUGAUAGAACAAGGCUGGUUGCUUAUUUGA